CGCCGCGGCCACCGGCCGGAUGAGGGACGCAGGGGAAGAGCGCUCAUGCCAGGGCUGGCGGGGGCACUGCGCACUGGCUGCCUCCCUCCUCUGGCCAAUUCUCCUGCCGCUGCGCGUCCAGUCCACCUCUUCCCUCUCUGCAGUCUUCCUGCCUGAGCCCUUCCAACUUCAGGAGGCAGAAGUCAGUGUCAUGGACAACAGUGUCUGUGGAUCCUUUUUCCAGCCCCAGUACCCUGGCCAGCCAAGCAGCAGUGACUACACCAUCCACGAGGACAUGCUGUGCGCUGGGGACCUCAUCACAGGAAAGGCCAUUUGCCGAGGAGACUCCGGGGGUCCCCUCGUCUGCCCGUUAAAUGGCACCUGGUUCCUGAUGGGGCUGUCUAGUUGGAGCCUCGACUGCCUCUCACCCGUCGGCCCCAGCGUCUUCACCAGGCUCCCCUACUUCACCAACUGGAUUAGCUAGAAGAAGAGGGAGAGCCCCCCUCCGGAUCCCGCCGUGACUCCUUCUCAGGAAACGCCCCCAGCCCUGGACAGCAUGACCUCUCAGGGCACCGUCCACAAGCCCGGGCUCUGCGCAGCCCUUCUGGCUGCUCACACCUUCCUCCUGCUGCUGAUUCUCCCAGGGAGCCAGUGAAGGGCCAGGGCCCCUGGCCUCUUAUCACAAGCGUGCCCACCUCAGGCCGACCUCCUUGCUGAACUCUGCACGCUCCUGAUGUGUUUCCAUCUCUGAGCUCUCCUGUCCACCCAAGGCCACCCCUGCCUCAGGCCUGACAAACUAAAAACCACCCAAGAAGCUUCUUGCUCUGGUUUCUGGCCAACCAGAGCCAUCUCCCAUGCUCCACUGUGUCUCCAGCUCCUCAGGGAGGGAAGGUCUCCCUCAUCCCUGGGCAGGGGCCCGGCUGACCAUAUGGGAGCCAAGUCACUCUCCUUGGGAAGUUGGGUCGCGCAGACUCAGGCCCCAUUCCUGUCCUCCAGGGCAUGCAGUCUUCCAGAAAAUCGGGGCAAGGGCCUCCCCACAUGGAAGAAGCCGCCUGUCCUCCUGGAGCUGGGUGCUGUGCACCGGUCACGGAUGAAGAGGCAUCUUCCAGGCGCACAGGUCACAGAGGCUCUCCUCGACAGCUUGCAAUUAAACUGUGAAGGGGGCUGAGGUCUUGGGUCAGCAGUACCAGAGCUGUGUCCCAGGGGUCAGCUCUCAGCUGACUGCCCCCUGUACCCACAGCCCUGCCCUCUCCCUGCCUCCAGAAACCCAGCCCCCAUCCCUGUGGCUUACUCCAGCUUGUAGGGGUUGUGGCUUAGCUGACCCAGGACUUGCUGGUCCAGCACUGGGCCCAUAAACCAGACUCUGAGUUGCCCCUGCAAA